AUGGACGCCUCCGCAUUAAUAUUCCUGUUAUUGUUUUUAAUCGAAGGUGUCUCGACCACGAAAUGCUAUCAAUGCGUCACCGACACCAUGUUACAUAAUUGGUCCCGUUACGGAAUGCCGAUGCGUGGCGUAAUCGAAGAGGUCGGAUCGAAGCAUUGCGUACACGAGGAAAACGUCACACAGGUGGUCGAAUGCAAGGGGCUGUGUCUGACGGUGAACGUCAGCGGGGAAAUUCGCGGAAAAUUCCAUCCGCAUAUGGGAACGCUGCGGGAUUGUCACAAAUUCUGGCAGCAACCGGAAGAAUUGGCGGAGGGGGAAUUCCGGAAUUGCCAUUCCAGGGUCAAGGAAUUGAAUCGGAGGACCACUGUUAAUAUUACUUAUUGUUAUUGUCAGGGAGAUUACUGUAAUGGGAUGCACCGUCUGACCUCGCCGACGUCGCCCGGCAAUUCUCGGCCCGGGUUGAAAAGACGCUCAUCGGCCAGCGUCAACUCCAUUUUGCAGGGUCUCGGCAUCUUUGCGGUGGUGGCGAUUGGCGGGGUGAUAUUC